AAGUAUUUAUUCCCAGUGUGUUUAUAAAAUAAAUAUAAUUUCCUAGUGUUAUCGCCAUGGCGGUGGCCGGCACAUCUUUGGGUAAAACUAGAGGCCCCAUAAUUGACCCUGCGCUAUGCCGAUGCUGCCGUUCCAUAAAGAAAUGCCGUAUUUUAAACAGCGAAUACGAGUGGCUCGGGAAGAAGGAAGUUUACUCCGAUAUGUUGAUGGAUUGCUUCGGCUUACUUCUGUCCCACUUAGACGGGGAACCUAAGGACAUCGGAGUUUGUGCCACUUGUGUUGGACGUCUCCGGGAAGCUGUGAUCUUCCGGCAGCAAGUCCUGCAGAGCGAGCAGGCCUUCCUCAACGCCCGUCAAGAGAAAAAGGAUGAAGUGCCUCUGGUGGAAACUAAAGUGAAGGUGGAACCUGUCCCUGACUCAGACGCGUCCGUGGGCGCACAUGACGAUGACCAUGAUUAUGAGCCAGAAUGCAAAGUGGAGAUAGAGCACAAGAUAGAGCUAAAGUCAGAGACACCCGAGAAGCGUAAGAAAACGCGACCGCGACCCUUAGUGCUGAAGAAGAGAUCGAAACGAGAGCUGUUCGAUAGAGCGCUCGCACUGCAGGAUGAGUUAGAUGAAUUGCUGGACCACGGACCACCAUCCCCGCCUAAGAAGUUAAAGCCACAAAAAAAGGGUCCCGAUGACCAGGACCACAUGGUGUACCACAACACUAUUACAAUAGUGCUUCACUCGUACGUGUGCCCGUUCCAUAAUAGGAUCAGCAACUAUUACUGCUACUAUUGCAGGGAUCAGUUCACGAACCCCGUGGAGCUGCGUGAACACACCAUGCAGCACAAGCCGAGCAUGUUCGAGAGCAUGACGGAAAACAAGAAGAUACCCAAGAUUGACAUCACCAGGAUAGAUUGCAGACUAUGCCCAGCGAAGAUAGAAACACUAGAAGACUUCAAACAACAUAUAAGCAGCGUACACAACAAAAAAAUAUUUCCCGUGCAAAACGAAUUCCUAAAAUUCAAGUUGACCUUAGACAAUAUAAAGUGCACAGAAUGUAAUAGCAGCUUUCCAUAUUUCGACAGUUUGAAAAAACAUAUGAUAGAGCAUUUCGGGACUUUUAUAUGCGACCAAUGUGGAGCCUGCUUUUUAGAACAAAAUUCAUUGAGGACUCAUAUAAAAAGCCAUAAUAAGGUGGAAGCUAAUUUCCCGUGUGAAAUAUGCGGGAAAAACUUGAAAUCUAAAUACAGUCGCUAUUUACACGUAGCGACGGUUCAUGAGAAAAAACCUACAGUGAAUUGUUACAAAUGUGAUUCUAGCUUUCUCUCCUACGCUUUGAGAAAUAGACAUUUAAUAGAAGUGCAUGGGGAUAAAAGAACAUUUCCAUGUAAAUUAUGUGAUAAAGUUUAUAAUAGAAGGAAAACGCUUAUGGAACAUAAUAGGAGGAAUCAUUUAAAAGUAUAUAGGCAUCAUUGUGAUUUGUGUGAUCAAAGAUUCUACCUACCCUCAAGGUUGAAGGAGCAUAUGGCGACGCAUACUGGGGAAAGGAAUUUUCGUUGUGAGUUUUGUGAUAAAUGUUAUCCCAGGUUACAAUCUUUGCAAGAGCAUGUGAGGUCACAUUCGAAUGAGAGGAGGUACAAGUGUGAUAUUUGUAACGCGACAUUUACACAGAAUGGAAGCUUGAAGAGCCAUAUGAAGAGUCAUCAUCAGUUUGAGUUGAACGCUAAUUUCGGAUGAUAUACUCGCAAUCAGUGAGUUACUGUGGACAAAGACAUGUAACUCCGUAUAAUAUGAAUAAAGUCUAAGGAAAAACGUGCCUCGGAAAUCAAGAAAGUCAUUCUCGGAUACAUGGCGCCACACCUUUGGCCUAUGCUCGGGUAGAUGGCGUUGACGACGCCGUUUGAUAUUUAACAAUUUUAUUUUAACACAUCAGUGAAAGAACAGUGGGGAACAUAUUUUGAUACACUUUCAUUUUUAGUUUUAAUCGUGUGUCGAUAGAUGGCAGUAAAUUUACUGUGACUACAAAAUUUACUAUGACAGUAACCCUAUAUACUAUCUAUUCUCUUUGCUGUGGAUUAUACACAAAAAAUUCUAUAAAAAGUUUGUACAAAUUGCGUCGGACAUGACGCCUCGUAUACGUCAGCUACAGCUCCGUUGGUGGAUUGGAGAACGGUAGCCACCCAAACACGUGGGAUUAUUAUUUCAGUAAUUUCUUAAAUUUUGCUGACUGUACAUUUAACAAAUCAAGAUAAAUGGAACACCGAAGUACCUGCAGUGUAAAAAAUGUAAUUAUAAAUUAAGUUUCCACUUUAUUACGAUAUAUUGCUAUAUAUAUCUACGCACUAAACUACAUUGUCAUAAAAUUUAUUUUAGCCAAAAUUACACAAACAAAGCAUAAUUAUGUCAAGUGUUAUUGAUUAUUUAUACCUACUUAAUUUGAUUAUAAUUGAGUUUAUAUAUGUUUCGCCAACUUACGUAAAUUAAUUGAAAAAUUUGUAUCUGAACAAUAAUGAUUAAAUGUGUAUGAUAAUGUAUUUAAUUCCAUAAUAAAAUAUUAGAUAAUUUUAAGUU